AUGAAACUCCAGUUGCAUGACUCGGAUGAGAAUCUGUAUGACGAACUUUUCCAGGUUAAUCAUCCUUCACCCGGUGAUCAGGAAUCGGACCACACCCAAGCACCACGGCAGAGCCACUUGCACUCCGUGGUUAGCAUCCCACAACCACGCCGUUCACAUUCACGCUCCCCGAACAUCAUCUCAAUGACUCCCGACAGAUUGUCAGCCUCAUCUCCACCAAGAAGAUCCGCAGACCAUAGGAGCUACAAUUACAGCAACCUACUCCGCUCCCCAUUACGCUACUCUCACUGCUCAGCCACAGGCAAUUCAACACGCUGCAGCGAAGCUUCGCCAAGACGGCAGACUCCUCCGAAAUGA